CGCUUCCUUCCCCUGCAUUAACGCCCAUCACCGAUUCCUUCCUCCCACGGUCCCACCCUGUAGCCUUCCUUCCUCCCACUGGCUAGCGGCCUACUCUAGUCUACUCACCACCCACUCCUCUCUCGCCGUUUCUCUCUGUCUCUCUCCUGCAGCGGUGUGCCUUCCUUGCUUCCUGUACCCACCUCACAGAUUCUCCCUUUUCUCCCUCUCUUGUUUUCCUCCGAAGGCUGCACCUGCAGGCUGAUACGCUGCCGGAGUUCUCCUCUUUUAGCGACGGCGAUCUUUGCAGCUGUGAGCAUUGGACGAAUUCCUGUCAAAUUCAACCAUUUUGAUUGUGAAAUUAUCAAAGAGCCUUCAUAGAGUGGUGAAUGGCUGUCUAAGUUCAUCGGAUUCUUUAUAUACUGAGUUCAUCCUCAAUUUGGUGUUGUUGGUCCAUGCCCUUAGACAGUUCAUUGUUCAGGUGGAGGCUUUUUAUUGUUCAUGUUGCUCGUGGUAUUUUGAUCAUACCAAGCUGGUUUUACAUCUGACUAAUGGGCUGCUCAUCUUCUAAGUGCUGUUCACAACUGAAGGGCUGUCUGUGCUCCAAUGGGUGCCUUGGGCAAACAUCUGACUCCCCAAGAGAAUCAAGGGGAAAGUCGAGCCGGGGGAGGGGAAAGGCAGAUUCCAGUGAUUCAGAUGCUUCUUCAGAUGACCUAGGGGAAGAUGAUGAUGCAUUGAACCAAAUGAACAUUACGAGGGAGUCUAAUGUCGGCAUCAACCGACUAUCAAGGGUCUCAUCACAGUUUCUUCCUCCAGAUAGUUCGCGCAAAGUACGAGUCCCUUUGGGUAACUAUGACCUGAGAUACUCCUACUUGUCUCAAAGAGGUUACUACCCAGAAUCACUUGACAAGCCCAACCAAGAUAGCUUCUGCAUACAUACCCCGUUUGGCACAAGUCCUGAUGACCACUUCUUUGGUGUAUUUGAUGGCCAUGGAGAAUAUGGAGCUCAGUGUUCACAAUUUGUGAAGCGAAGAUUAUGCGAGAACCUGCUCAGAGAUAGCCGGUUUCGUACAGAUGCUGUGCUGGCUCUUCAUUCUGCCUUUGUGGCAACAAACUCACAGUUGCAUGCGGACAACUUGGAUGAUUCCAUGAGUGGUACUACUGCAAUCACUAUAUUGGUCAGGGGUAAAACUAUGUACAUUGCAAAUACUGGUGAUUCACGUGCCGUUAUUGCCGAAAAACGAGGGGAUGAUAUUGUUGCUGUUGACCUCUCUAUAGAUCAAACUCCUUACCGGUCUGAUGAGCUUGAAAGGGUCAAGGAAUGUGGUGCUAGGGUUCUGACUUUGGAUCAAAUAGAGGGGCUAAAGAACUCAGAUGUGCAGUGUUGGGGCACUGAGGAAAGUGAUGAUGGCGAUCCUCCAAGGUUAUGGGUGCAAAAUGGCAUGUAUCCAGGAACUGCUUUUACACGCAGCAUUGGAGAUUCUGUUGCCGAGUCAAUUGGUGUCAUUGCAGAUCCCGAGAUUUUUGUCCUGGAUCUCAAUUCCAGCCAUCCAUUUCUUGUUCUUGCUAGUGAUGGGGUUUUUGAGUUCCUUUCCAGUCAAACAGUUGUUGACAUGAUUUCUAAAUACAAGGAUCCUCGUGAUGCAUGUGCAGAAAUUGUUGCGGAGUCUUAUCGUCUUUGGCUACAAUAUGAAACUCGUACGGAUGACAUUACAAUCAUAGUGGUGCAUAUUAACGGGUUAAAUGAUAUGGAAUCUACCCACACUGUUACGAAAGUGUCUUUACAACCUUCACAGCAAGUAGUAGGACUGGCAGGCUCCGAAUCACCAUUAAUAGUAAGUUCCAACACCAACAAUCAGCGUUCCAGGCAUGACUUAUCACGAGCACGAUUGAGGGCUCUAGAAAGUUCUCUGGAAAAUGGUCAAUUAUGGGUCCCUCCAUCUCCAUCGCAUCGGAAGACAUGGGAAGAGCAAGCGCAUAUUGAGAGGGUACUACAUGACCAUUUCCUCUUCAGAAAGCUUACUGACACGCAAUGUCAUGUUCUACUUGAUUGUAUGCAACGAGUUGAUGUGAAGCCUGGGGAUAUAGUAGUGCAGCAGGGCGGUGAAGGUGACUGCUUCUAUGUAGUUGGUAGCGGUGAGUAUGAAGUUCUGGCCAUUCAGUUCUCGGAGAUUAAGCUGAUUUGCAUGGAACAGGAAGAAGACGGAAAGGAAAUGACCAAGGUUCUGCAUCGGUAUACAGCUGAUAAACUAUCUUCCUUUGGGGAGCUAGCACUGAUGCACAAUAAGCCACUUCAGGCUUCAGUUCGUGCCGUGACUAGUGGAACAUUAUGGGCCCUAAAGAGGGAGGAUUUCCGGGCAAUUCUGAUGUCAGAGUUUUCAAACAUACCAUCAUUGAAGUUGCUCCGAUCAGUAGAACUGUUUACCAGAUUUACAGUGCUUCAACUAAGUCAACUUGCUGAGUCGCUUGUUGAACUAUCUUUUGCAGAUGGGCAAAUAAUAGUAGACAAGAAUGAUGAGGUCUCUUCCCUAUAUAUCAUUCAAAGAGGUCAUGUGAGACUUAUAUUGGCUGAAGAUCAGAUGAAUUCAGAUUCUUGGGAUCUCAUUAGUUCUGAAACGAAGCAGAUUCAAAGGAGUCAGGAAAAUGGUAAUUAUGUGGUUGAGAUAGAUGAGGGAGGACACUUUGGAGAGUGGGCUCUCAUUGGUGAGACUAUUUCUUUCACUGCUAUCUCAGUGGGUGAUGUGACUUGUUCUACUAUUGCGAAGGAGAAAUUCAAUUCAAUUGUUGGGCCUUUGCCUAAACUUUCACAAGCUGAUUGCAAGAUUAAAGAAUCUCUGGUCACUAAGGAGCAUUAUGCAGAUGAUGAUUUUCCCUUUAGGAGGCUGCAGCUAUCUGAUUUGGAAUGGAAAAUGUGCAUAUAUGCUGCUGAUUGCAGCGAGAUUGGUCUUGUCCAAAUUAGAGGUUCCGACAAGAUCAGAAGUUUAAAAAGGUUUUACAUCAAGAGAGUAAAAGAUCUUCAUAAGGAAGUGCAAGUGUUUGACGAAAAGGACCUCAUGAAAAGCUUGAGCCAAUCAACUUGUGUGCCAGAAGUGUUAUGUACUUGUGCUGAUCAAUCAUACCUUGGAAUAUUGCUGAAUUGUUGCCUCUGUUGCUCACUGGCUUCAAUACUUCAUACACCACUAAAUGAGUCAUCUGCACAAUUCUUUGCAGCCUCAGUUGUUGUUGCUCUAGAAAAGCUUCAUCAGAAGUCCAUUCUUUAUAGAGGUGUUUCGGCAGACAUUCUUAUGCUUGACCGAUCAGGACAUCUGCAGCUGGUGGAUUUUAGGUUUGGAAAGAAGUUGGAAGGUGAAAGGACAUACACAAUAUGUGGGAUCGCUGAUUCUCUGGCACCAGAGAUAGUUCUUGGUAGGGGCCAUGGAUUCGCUGCUGACUGGUGGGCACUUGGAGUGUUGAUCUAUUUCAUGCUGCAAUCAGACAUGCCAUUUGGCUCCUGGAGGGAGAGCGAGCUGGAACCUUUUGCAAAAAUUGCCAAAGGGCACCUUGUUAUGCCAUCGACAUUCAGCGUGGAAGUUGUUGACCUUAUAACCAAGCUACUUGUGGUAGAUGAAAAUGCGCGCCUCGGAACCAGGGGUGCUGAAGCUGUGAAAAAGCACCCCUGGUUUGAUGGCAUUGACUGGGAACGAAUAGCAGGCGGAACUCAUACGGUACCUAAAGAAAUCACUGAUCGCAUCAACAGCUAUAUAGAAAGUCUUAAGGAGGACUCAACCGCAUCUCCUUCCAUGCCGAGUGAAGAUCCAGAUGAUCUUACUGCUCCAGAGUGGAUCCAAGAUUGGUAAUCUCAGUAGUUGCAUGAGUGUCAGAAGGACUGCGCUGGUUGAGGAAAAGUUUCUUUAGUUUUUCACCGGGCAUUCUCAUAUCAAGUGAGAGAAGGUAUACAGGUGACUAAAUCUAGUUAAGUUCGGUCGAAAUGACGAGUUGUACAUACUGAAGAUUCCUUGGAUGAUCAUAGAUCAGCUUGGAACCAUAUGAUGAAUGCUAUCAAAAUGUGAAAAUGCUAAAAUGGUGUUAAUUAGGUGCUUAGGUGCUCUGACAGCAGUGCCCUCAGAAAAAAAAAAGGUGUCAGCAGCAAGAGGAAAAGGCUGCUUCAUCUAUUAUCUUGCCUGAGUUCAUGGCUUGACCUGUUGAGGUGAUCUUGCGACUGUCAUUUAUGGAUAUCAUUGUUGUAUAUUUUUUUUAGGGAAUUGUACUGUUUGAACCAAGAUCUUUUAACUGCUCAACCUUCUGUGGCGUGUUGGCGCCUUGGCCUCA